UGUCAGAGCAGAGGCCAUUCUAAGACACACACAUUACUCUUUUUUAGGGUCCUCUGUUGCUAAGGGCCCUCUUUGUCUUCAGGCACACCCUCUUAUUGCCAUGGCCACCCAUUUUUACUACACUAAAACUGUAAAUACUGCCAAAUCUGAGAGAAGAGACAAAGACAGAAAAGGGAAAGGUAAAAACAGAAUCGCAGGCAGUAAGUGGGAUUUCUGAAAGUAGACUUUGACAGGAACCAGUUGUCUGAUCCACAAUGCUGGGGGCAAAUCUUCAUUUUGGAUCAUGUCCUGAGGACAAAAUUAUGACCUUGCUGCAAGCUACAAUCCAGAGACUACAAGAACUACUACAUUCAGAGAGAAACAGCAGCACAGAGGCACCUGGAUCAGAGUUUAUCCAAGCUUCUGGGCAUCCUCUUGGGCAAGGACAUUCAGCAAGGGCCGUUAAGAAAGUUCUCCAUCUUUUUAAAGCGUGGAGUGAGUUACACACACACAGAGUAGGCUCCCUGAGAGAAGCACUAAGCACAACAGUACGCACAUUCAUGGAGCGAGACAGGCACGCAAAUCAUGGGCACAUGCUCCCAAAGACAGAGACUCAAGCAAAACAACUGGGAGCCUCCAAAGAAGGUAAUUUUCACAAACACGUCUAUAUCAAUGAUCUCUUUCAAAGUGUUUUGGGAGAUGUGCACAGCAUCGAGAAUACACUGGUUUUGAUCACAAGUAAAUUUGACAGAGCGAUCACCAUCAUCUCUGGAGCAAAACUGCAAAGUACAGAAGCUGAGACAACAAUGGACGAUUUCAUGAUUCAGGAUCUCAUGAUUCAUUCAAAGGACAGACUAUUCCUUCCACAGAUAUCUUCUAAAGAGCAAUGUGGUGCUCAAAACACAAACACUGACCCAGAAUACACCUCCUAUGUUUCACCCCUUUCAGACAUUCAGAAAUGUGCCCUUCAAAGCAACCCGAAUACCCAAGCAGAGACCUGUCGUGCGUUUGAGAGAAAGACUAGACCAUAUGAACUGCUUAAUAAAAGCCCAAUUGACCUUGUAACACAAGAAGAGGACAGGAUUCUGUGCGAAGUCCUGAAGAGCCCAAGAAAUGAUGGCCAUGGAUGUCUUGGAGAGGAUGUUGGAGAGGUGAAGAAAGAACCAGUACAGGAGGAUGAAAGAGACAAAAAUUCAGAGAUGGUUGGCACAGUGGUUAUGGAAGAACAUACAAGCUGGACAGACAAGUGUAUUACAGUAGGUUUAACAGAUUCAGCAAGAUCUUCCUCCAAAGUCCUGUGCUAUAUAACUGCCCCCCUGGAAGUCACAAAGGUCAUCACAUGUAAGGCAGUGGACAGCCUCAGCUCUCUCAUGGUGUCAGGGUCAGAGGAGCUGGUCAGCAGCGUUCUCAGACUUGAAAACUUCAGCAACAUGAAGUGUCCCUUCCCGCUUUCUGUAGCUGUACCUUUUCGGGCGUGUUACCACCUGAAUUACCGUGAGGUUGUGGUGAAAGUGGUGGACCAAGAGCAGAGGAUCAGUUAUGUCACUCCGGCAGCCACUGAGGGCAUCUAUGGAGGCUGCAGGGGUACAUUCGCAGUGGUGAGGGUGUACACUCUUGGUGUAUUCGUGGUCUUAUCCCGUUUGCAGAGGGAGACAUUCACAAUCCCAAAGAGAGGUCUGUGUCUCAAAAUGAGUGUGGACUCCAGGAUAUGUCUAGACUAUCCACCUGGAUCUUUCAUCACACCGGUGGUUGCCCAAGCAAUGGUGCAGCCUGUAGAUGCUCUGCUCUUGUCUUCACUGAAGUGCAGAAAUGAUUCCUGCUACUUCAUCCUCACUACUAGCCCUCUACUCUAUCUGAAUCACCCUUUGACUGUAAGCCCUCUACGACCUUUGACCCUAACGCUGCCCUGUCCUCCUAAACCUAAAAAGGUGAAGACAGGAGAGGAGAAGACCUGCACUUACUCUGAUAGCACAGCUCUUAUGCCUGACAACAUCUCAUACCAUCGGGUCAGGCAUAAGGAAUCUUUCAUAAAUAUGAUUUGUUUUAUAGUUAUGACUGCAAUUUUUUUUUAUAAACCCUACAGUUCUGUAUUAUGUGUACUUUAUUUACAAAUAAGGGUUUUAAGUGCUUCAGUGAAGUCUUCGAAAAAGCUGACUAAAGAGCAGCUGGUUGUUCUGGGCUGGAAAGAUAAUCACUGGAAUGUUCUGGAUAAAGCCACUGUGAGGAACUUGCAGAACGACCUUGUUUCUUUUGAGGUCUUGGAGAACUAUGAGCGGCUGAUAGUCCUUCGUCUUCUAUCUUCUGUAAGACCUUCUUGCUUGCUGUUUUUUGCUGAGGAGCUGCAGGAGUCAGUGAGGACCUGUACAGUAUCCAUAGCCAUCCACAAAAGACAGAAUGACCCCAGCAGUGUGGUUCUGGCUGUCCUGCCCAGUAGAGAUCUGAGCUGGGGACUGGCUGAGCUCCAUGCCCAGGCUUACUGUGGGUCUCCAGAGCAAUCUGUUGAGAUAUUGAUGAGGGAGGGAGAGCAGCUGCUGCUAAAAUUCAGCGGCAACAUUACCUGCACAGGUGACCAGUGCACAGAGACUCACACACUCACAUUUCACAAUCAGAGGAGGAAUUGGCUCUGUUUGCAGCUGAAGGAACUGGACCCAUUUGGAAACUACAGCUCACCUCAUUACAAAGGCAUGGCUCUACUUUUCCAAAUCCCUAAAGAUCAGCUGGUAUGGAGAGAAGACAAAGCAGUUGUAUCAGAAGAUUAUUGCUUAGGACAACCGGUCUGUAAGCUGUCACUCACACUUCCAAAGACUGUGAAAUCUCUGUCUCGACCAAUCAGUGCAAAAUUAUUGCGGCAUGAUCAGGCAGAACCCCUCUGUGACGAGCUGCUAGCCUGGCUCUGUAACAAGCUGUCCGAAGAAGAUGCAUCCCUGCUGGUCACGUGCCUUCGACUGCGCCGUUCAUCUGUCCAGCUGGCAAAACUCCGAGCUCCAAACAGCCUUGCAUUGCAGAUUUUCCACAUCCUAACCACAUGGAGAGAGUCCCUUCCUUCCCUCACACCAAAAUGUCCUUUGCUUGCCCAAUGUCUGACUCACAUCGGCAGGCCAGAGCUAGCCGCAGAGCUGCUGAAAAAAGAUCCGGAUGUGAACAGGAGUGAGAGGAGAGGUGCAGAAACACAAAGACUUGUAACAGUCCAUGGCCCUCCAUUAUGUGAGAUUAAGAGGAAAACAUGAAAUAUGAAGUGUAACUAUGUUUAGAUAUAAGCUAUAGAUCAGAAAGAUUAAGUUUAUUCUGUCCAUUCUCAGUUAGAGAGUAAUUGAGCAUGAAAUAAAUAGAUACAACUCGUUUGUAAGAAGGGUGAAUAUCUGAAUAUGGGCUUGUAUUGCUAUGAGCGGAAAUAAAAGCACUGAUCAAGUGUCAAUACACAUUUCCUCAGACCUACGUCCAUUAAAAACAAACCCAAAAUGAUGAAGUUGCACGACCAGACCAGCAGACGGCAGUGUUGUAACGCUAAUUAGAUUUAUUUUCAAACGUUCAGACUCGAGCUUUACAAUUUACUAUCACAUUAAUAAUGUGAAUUGA